GGUUGACCCGUACCCUCCUCUACUCCCCCUUGCUUCUUCGCCCCCUCCCUCUUCCCUGCGACCGGGCUCUGUCUUGCUAUAAAAGGCGGGAGCGCGGGGUGCUCCGGUAGUGCCGAAUUUCAGCACCAUGGAGAGUCCCCGCCUGCGGCUGCUGCCCCUCCUGGGUGCCGCCCUGCUGUUGCUGCCACCUCUGCUGGGCACCCGUGCCCAGGAGGACGCUGAGCUGCAGCCCCGAGCCCUGGACAUGUACUCCGCCGCGGAGGACGCCUCUCACGAGAAGGAACUGAUCGAAGCGCUGCAGGAAGUCCUGAAGAAGCUCAAGAGUAAACGCAUUCCCAUCUAUGAGAAGAAGUACGGCCAAGUCCCCAUGUGCGACGCUGGUGAGCAGUGCGCAGUGCGAAAAGGAGCGAGGAUCGGGAAGCUGUGUGACUGCCCCCGAGGAACCUCCUGCAAUUCCUUCCUCCUGAAGUGCUUGUGAGGUGUCCAGCCUCAUUCAGAAUCCCCACUCCCCCCACCUUCCCCGAGAGGGCCACGCCUUGUCCCUGGAGUUUGGCUUUUAACUACAAAGUUUGCAUUUCCCUUUGAGGCAAAGAGGCUCUUUCCCUGCUGUUUCCAAAUAAAAGAACACAUU